CGGCCUCCUUCCUUCGCGAUACUUGGCACGGGAGUCACAAACCCGUUUCUGUUCAUGGUGUCCCUGAACCUCCAGCUGCAAACCCUCAUUCCUUUCGGCCGCCAUGACACCUUACAGCUCUAAACAAUACGCCUUCUUCACGGGAUCCAUUUUGGUGGAGUCCAUGGCGGGCGCCCUGUUUACCCCGGAAGUCCGAACCAACCAGGCUUUCCCUGUAGAACGUUCGUGCUUAGAACUCUGGCUCCAAUUCCCAAGGAUUGGACGAUACCAUUUUAAUAAUAAAAAAGGGGGGAUUCUUCCAGGAGCAUUUCAAUCUAUUUUUUAAUUUUAUUUUAAUAAACUGGGGUUGAUGUAAAAUCCAGCGCUGAUAUCAGUUUAAAUUAAAGGUGCAGUAUGCCUGGAAGUAGCUUUUUGUGUUACUAUACAGGUUUAGUAAAUGUACUGUCAGAGAUCCCCCCCUUGCUGAGUGGGUCGGUCUACCCGCCGGUGAGCCCUGGCUGCCUGUGUUGAUGUGAUGAGCUGCAGUCUGGGUGAUGAUUGGAGCGGGGUUGGUGGGGGUCUCCGUGAGGCUGUGCCGCUCCAGGGAUUCCUUCCUGCACCUCACACCCGAACUCAGAGCCCAGCUCCGCCUGGAGCAGGUAACACCUUUCCCGGGUCUGCCCCCUCCAUGGCUGCCAGGUGCAGGGGGUGGGAUGCAAUGGGAUGGGCAACCCUAGCCAGGGGUACCUACCUGCUGUGUUUACCUACCUAGCUGUCACCUUAUACCCCAGCACUGUCUAUGAACCCAGCAAACCAGAGCUAGAGUCACAUGUAAUGAGGAUUCUAUAUCAGAUAGAAUUCUGGGACAAAGUUCUAAAAGUGGAACACUCAGCUGGAACUCUGAAUUUCUCAUAAUAAUAUAUCCAAAUAAAAAAAAAAAUCUCCAAUUAACCCUUUAAAAAAAAAAUUAUUAUAGUAAAUAUAUAUGUAUGUAUGUAUGUAUGUAUGUACAACUGAAAUACUAGAUGGGUCCUAGGUAUUUCACUUGUGUCACCUAUAUGUUAUAAAUGCUAUCAAAUCCAUUUGCCCUAGCUCAUGGCAGCCCAUCCUUAGCGUUCUGCAUAUUUCAAAUGGCAUUAUGGAAAAUAGUCAACUAUACGUGAAAUACCUCACUUUUACCGGGCAAGAAAAUUAAAGUAAAAGCUCUGGGUUGAUCUGUAUUUUUGUCACUUUGGAUGCCUACACACCCACUUUAGAGAGUUAUUAUGAUCUCAUAACUUAUUUUACAAAUUUUGUCUACGUGAAUUUACCUGUGUUCUAAAGUAAAACCUUUGAUCCUGGCAGUAAAAAUGCACAUAGGUGAAAGGAUGUUAAUAAGUGACUAUAUCAUGAACAAUCGCAGAAUUUUAAACCAUCAGGGAUUUGUAAUAAAAGGUGCAGGAAAAUUGAAAAGGUUUAAUUCUUGUUCGAAAAAAAAAAAAAAAUAAAGGAAAAAAGUUGCCUUUGUUCUCAAUAUAUUUAUUUAUUUUUUUUUCUUACCAUUCCUAAAUUUAGUCUAAAUUGAAAAUUGGAACAAAAAAUGUUUGUGAAAGAAACAAAGGAGGAACAUUUUUUCAUCCAUAAUUUAACUGGUUUGCUCUCUGGGUUUAUUGCUAUUUUUUUAUUCAGUAAGCAUAUUCUACUGUAUCCUUGCAGUUAGUACCAUCUCCUCACCUUUAUUUAAUUGGAUAACCUCAGUUUGUGCUACCCAUAGAGCACUGUGGGGUUUUCAUCACAGAACACAGAAUUGUAGUGAAGUUAAAAUCAGAUUGCAAAAUGGGAUGUAUUCAUUAUCGGUAAUUUAUCAUGAAUCUCCAAGAUUUAGGUACUUUAAACGAAAUUUGAAAUUUACUUUUCAUUGAUGUCCAAUCAUAGACUUCCCGAUGCUUUUUGUAAAAUGAAAAAAAAAAAAGGACUCACUUCACACACAAAGCACUUCAGUAAAGUGAAGUGCUUUAGGGGUCUGCAGUGUUCCUUUAAGAGUCAAACCAUUAUCAAGCAGUUUGGUACUUGCCUGUGUCCUUGAGGUUCCUGCAAUCUAGCUGUUCUUUAGCGAUGGCGUUCAAAGGCACUAUUUUCACAUUAGCAGUAUCAAGUCUAUCCAUCUUUGGAUGCAAUUCAUUUACUAAGAGAGGCAUUUUGAAGUUGAUGAAUUCUAUCCAAUCUUGAUGUUGGUAAAGAGACACUAUAGGCACCGAGACAACUUCAGCUUAUUGAAGUGGACUGGGUGCGGUGUCUGCAUGAGGACUUCCAGCAUCACAUAUAUAUGAUAUGUAACAGGGUUGAUGUUCCAGGAGGGAUAAGCCAAAUGGCAAAUGAUUUAGGUAAACUAUAAAAAUGGUCAGAAUUGUGGCAACUGACAUUUAAUGUGGAUAAGUGCAAGAUAAUGCAUCUUGGGCGUAAAAACCCAAGGGCAGAGUACAGAAUAUUUGAUAGAGUCCUAACCUCAACAUCUGAGGAAAGGGAUUUAGGGGUGAUUAUUUCUGAUGACUUAAAGGACCACUUUAUAUAGUGCCAGGAAAACAUACUUGUGCCCCCACCCUCAGGGUCCCCCUCCCGCCCGGCUCUGGGGAGAGGAAAGGGGUAAAAACUUACUUUUUUCCAACGCUGGGUCGGGGAGCUCUCCUCCUCCUCUGAUCCUCCUUCGUUCCUCCCAUUCGGCUGAAUGCGCACGUGGGGCAAGAGCUGCGCGCGCAUUCAGCCGGUCGCAUAGGAAAGCAUUUACAAUGCUUUCCUAUGGACCCUUCCGUGCUUUCACUGUGAUUUUCAGUGAGAAUCACGCAAGCGCCUCUAGCGGCUGUCAAUGAGACAGCCGCUAGAGGCUUUGGAGGAAGGAUUAACCCGUUUAUAAACAUAGCAGUUUCUCUGAAACUGCUAUGUUUAUUAAAAAAAUGGGUUAACCCUAGCUGGACCUGGCACCCAGACCACUUCAUUAAACUGAAGUGGUCUGGGUGCCUAGAGUGGUCCUUUAAAGGUAGACAGACAAUGUAACAGAGCAGCAGGAAAUGUUAGCAGAAUGCUUGCUUGUAUAGGGAGAGGUAUUAGCAGUAGAAAGAGGGAAGUGCUCAUGCCAUUGUACAGAACACUGGUGAGACCUCACUUGGAGUAUUGUACGCAGUACUGGAGACCGUAUCUUCAGAAGGAUAUUGAUACUUUAGAGAGAGUUCAGAGAAGGGCUACUAAACUGGUUCAUGGCUUGCAGGAUAAAACUUACCAGGAAAGGUUAAAGGAUCUUAACAUGUAUAGCUUGGAGGAAAGACGAGACAGGGGGGAUAUGAUAGAAACAUUUAAAUACAUAAAGGGAAUCAACACAAUAAAGGAGGAGACCAUAUUUCAAAGAAGAAAAACUACCACAACAAGAGGACAUAGUCUUAAAUUAGAGGGGCAAAGGUUUAAAAAUAUCAGGAAGUAUUACUUUACUGAGAGGGUAGUAGAUGCAUGGAAUAGCCUUCCAGCUGAAGUGGUAGAGGUUAACACAGUAAAAGAGUUUAAGCAUGCGUGGGAUAGGCAUAAGGCUAUCCUAACUAUAAGAUAAGGCCAGGGACUAAUGAAAGUAUUUAGAAAAUUGGGCAGACUGGAUGGGCCGAAUGGUUCUUAUCUGCCGUCACAUUCUAUUUCCCCCUAGGAAAGCAUUAACUCAAUUCUUAUCUAUGGGGAGGGCCUAAUGCGCAUACUGCACUGGGCAUCCAUGCAUAUUAGCGAGCUCCUCAUCAAGCGACGUCAGAGGAGGCGGAGCCGCGACCCAUUAUAGUAUCACGCUAUAGUAUCCCUUUAAAGGACAUACUUGAACCCAGGACAUACUUGAAAACGAGAGAAAUCUCAGUGUAUCUUUCCUGGUAAAAUAUUUUAUAAAUAAAUAAAUAAAGUGGAAGGGACCUCGGUAAGUAACAAAAAAUUUAAAAACGGUAACAAUGGGAUAGUCCCAGGGGACUGCUGGCACUGUAACUGCUUCAGGGUUCUGUAGAUAUUAUGGUGCUUAGAGUGUGUUUAUAGAUGAGUUGGAGAAUAAUUUUUUUACAGAUGAGCUAAUUAGCCUCAUACUUUUCAAAAACAAAUUUGAGCUGAGUGAAAAUCAUCUAGAGAUUGGUAUACUUUAUCUUAACACUAGAGUAAAAGCUGUUUAUUAUCACCAAUGGAUUAUUUUUUUGUGUAGAAUCAUGCCGUGGAGGUGUCAUGGGGCGAGAACCCGGUCUAUCUGGGUUGGAUUGAGAUUCGGAGUAGAGGUGAUUCAGGGUAUAAUUCCGUGGAGUUGAACAGGCAAUUUGGGGAAACGUUGGGCCUCUCAGAUGGGCAGCAGGUAUGUUACAAAGUAAUGCUCAAUGUUUUAUUUUACAAAAUUAAGUUUCAGUUAUACGUUUAGUAGGGAUUAUAUUUAAAGUGAAUGUUCAUUAAAUUUUUUUAUUUUUUUUUAAUGCGUUUUGAAUUGUUGUAUUUUGUAUUAAAAUACUUAACUUUGCAAAGUUGGAUUGACCAUAACUAUUUAAUUUAAAAUGUAUUACAAUUUUGAAUUGGUUAAAGGGACACCCCGUGAUGUUUUCGUAUAUUAAUGCUGUCUAUAAAAAGCACAACCACCAUAAACAAAAUCCAGAAUUUUCUGCAGAACCUCAGGCUGCGUAUGAUUUACAAUUAGCUCUAAUUGUACAAAAAACUGACUAAUACUUACUAUACAUAAGCAGUGGUUUAUAGGUACAGUAAGGCUUUCUGGGAGUUGUAGUUGACUUGUUUGCUUUUUGCUGGAUAAAGCUUACAGCUGAACUACAACUCCCUGAGUCCCAAGUUAUGACAUCAUGUACAGCAAUACUUUAGGAGCAAAAUGGAAAACAUUACAGGGUGAAUUGGAGGGGGCAGACAGAAAGUGGUCAUGAAGCAUUAGUAAUUAGUGUUUCCAAAAAUGAAGCUUGAGCAAAAAAAUAAAUAAAUAAUCAUUCACAGGGUUAUUAACUGAAGGGAGAAUUCUCAGUAAUUCUAAGUAAAUUUCACAUUUAAAGCCCAAGGAGCCAAAUUGGAAGCAUAGCUGAUUGGGAGAAUUCUCAAAGUUUUGCCAGUGUAACUAACUACAGCCUGACCUACUCAAACAUGUGCCCAUUUGAUUAUCCUCAGGUUUUCCUGAAGCAGUGUUCCAAUGUCAUAUCUUGUAAGGAAAUCACAGUUGAACCCCUAUCCUCUGAUGAUUGGGAAAUACUGGUAAUGUCAACAAAAAUUCAUGUCUUCAUAUUUGUGUUUCUUUUUUUAAAAUUUUUUGUUUUGUUUUGUUUCAUGAAUACUGAAUAUUUAUUGUGUAAACCUUGUUUUAGGAGCUUCAUGCAUCUGCCCUUGAAACACAACUUCUAGAUCAAAUUCGUGUUGUUUAUCCAAAGGCCAUCUUCCCAGUAUGGGUUGAUCAGCACACGUGUAUCUACAUUCAGAUUGGUAAGAGAACGCAAUGUACAAUUGGAAAACUAGUGAAGUGAGAAUAUCGACCUUAAUACAGAACAAAUUAAUUGCUUUUAUGAUAUCAGAAUUUACGUUUUACCGCUUUUUAGAACAAAUUAUGCAUCUUAUCAUUUGUAGAUUUUAAUAGGGUGGUGGAAAUUCUCCUGUGUUACAUUAAAUAAAGGGUGUUAUUUAUAAAGGCAAUAAGGGAGUAAUUGGGGUCAAAAUGUGGAGAAAGAUCACAUUACAUAUCCAUCUAAGAAGACUGUGCUCCAGUUUUAUCUUGACUUACAAGGUCAGUAAUACUUUGAUAUUAAUGGCUAUUAUAUAAAAUAACUAAAAAUUGUAAGUAAAUGUUAUGUUUUGGGUGUUUUUCUGUUAUUCAUUUUACUGCUGCAACACUUAAUUGGUUAGUAUAUGAAAAUCAGAGGUGCAAUCUCUUUGGCUGGUUUUAACUAUUGAGAGGAUAGAUUCCAUUUACCAUCCCUAAAAAUAUGCAUAUCACAUGACUUUCACGUAUAGUUACAUUUCUGUAAGUAAUCUGAAUUUAAGCUUAAACCUUACUAUACAUUUAUGCAUCUGAACAAAAAUAAACAUUACAAGAGUCUUAGUGUUUUAUAAAGGAAAGAGUAAUAUGGUUUAGUAAGUAGUACAGUUUAGUGGAAAUAAUCACCCAUGGAUAAAAUGAGGUUAAUCUAAUUUUAUUUAGUUUAUUUCUCAAACUAAAUUUGUUUAUAAUUUUGAAAGAAUUAUUUCAAGCACAAUGACCACUUCAUCGACUUGAAGUUGUCAUGGUGCUUGGAGCAUGUAUGUGCAGCAUAUGGCAUUGAAAUGCUGCACAUACUGACAUUAAUCCUAUAGCUGCCGGAAUUAUAACUCCACCUUCUGCAGCGUCUUUAGUGAGCCCAGAUUAAAGUUCUGGAUAGGUAAUGUCAAUUCUUUGCAAAAUUGGUGUCUGACACCAGCAUACUAGCACCAGACAGCCAAUGUCUCUAGCCUCUCUCUGUCAUCCCUUCCUGACUAACCUCCUCCAGCAAGGGAGCUCUUCUCCCUCUGCAAUGGGAAAAAAAGGUGCUUUUAUGCAUUUUCUUUAUCACUAGUCUUCUGGUGUUUGAGGUGGGGGGUUACUACAACCAAAACUGUUUUUUGGUUGGAGCAACCCUUUAAAGGGACAUGCAUCACUUGACAAUAUGUUAUUUUAAACUAGCAAGCAGACACUUUUAAACAAAUAUAUAAACCAAAAUAUAGCAAGAAAAACUUUGAAAAGUAUGUAAUAAACAUACAAUAAACUUGGUCAGUUUGCAUUGUUGGGCACACCUCUCAGCUAGGGGAGUUUUUUUUUACCCCUCCCUUGCCCACCCUCACUAAUCCAGUUCAGACCAGUCCCUUAAUGACAGAAACAGGGCAUCAUUGUAGUAGCAGCAGCAACCUCCUCCUCAUUCUCCCUGCACUUUCAAACACGGCAGGUAGAGGUAAACUUGACACCGGAGUCUGCUCUGCAUGAAUCACACUGAUCAGACUUCCUCACUUGUCAGGAUGUUGCAAGGUGACGGGAUCUUCAAUCUGCACAUAUGUGACACUCUCAGGCAUGGCCAAUGCAAUUUUUAAGCAUGAAAACAAAUAUUUACAGCCUGCAGAGUGAGGCAGCUGUAUCAUUCAAAGCUAAAGCUUUUGAAUAAGACAGUUGUUUCAGAAUGAUGCAUGCCUCUUUAUGUAAUAAAGAAAUAAAACUGGACACAUCGUAAAACCUGGAUCACAGGGUCCCAGUUCCAGAGAGCAUGGCUCAGAGAGCAUGUACAAAGCCAAGAAAUAUUACUAAUUAAUUCAGUCUACACACACUAUUCUGUGCUUGGUGUAGUGUAUGGAAUUUGUAAUGCUAAAGUGCCUUUACAUAUUAAUUGGAACUUCUACCAACACAGCUUGUUACAUGGGAUUUUAUUUAUUUUAGGUGCUUUGAGUCCUCCUGCAAGUUAUGGCAGAUUGGAACCUCUCACGGAGCUAAUCGUAUCUCCGAAAACCAGAGGUUCUGAAGCUUUUUCACCGCUAAGGACAGAUGAGUUUUACAGAGGAUCGAGAAGUAUUAAAGAUCUUAAAACAAGUGUGACAACAGGGACAAGCAGUGGAUCUUUGUCAACUGAUGGGGAAACUGAACUUGUUGAAACAGAGAACAUUCCCAGUGAGUCAAGUAUAUGGGACACACUAGGAAAUUUAUUUUUGAAUGCCAUAGGAAGGAAAUCCUCGACAUCACCCGAAGCGAGUGCAAAAGAUUUGUUUGCAAGGACUUUGCUACGAAGUAUUGACUUGGAAGCAGUGUUUAGAGUAUCUAAUAGUGUUCCUCCUAUUAUAAGGAGUAGUCAGGCAUACAGUGACCACUUGAACGAUAACACGGUCCAGGUUUUCUUAUGGUACCCAGAACCUCCAGGUUUAAUAUCAGAUGUUGUAUUAUCGUUUGGGCGUAUUGUAGAGCUUCCAUCACCCAAAAGACGAAGGGAAAUUGCAAAUACUAAAGCAGAAGGACAUGAAAAGAGCAAAAUAAAACCAGAGGAUGCAGAAAAAAGCACACCUGUGGGAGUCGGCACUCAGAGAUCCAAAGAAGUAGUGAAGAUUGUUUGGCAUGGCUUUGAGGAUCUAAAAGAUGUAAUAGAGUAUGAUACCAGGAAUGGAAAUACACAUAUUGCGAAAGUUUGGGUCAGUGAUUAUUAGCGUUUUGUAAUGAUGAGAUUGGCCCGUUAGAUGCAUUGUAUAGAAAUUGUAACAAACUCAGCACCAUAACCACCACAACAUGGUCUUGUAGAUAUGUUACCAAUAGUCUCUGAAUGCUGUCCCAUGGAGCUGUCAGCCACAUUAAUAAUUUAUAAUUCACUCUCCGUUACCUGUAUUGAUUCUGUCCACCUAUCCACCCCCUAGGCUGGGCUAAACUGCUCAUAUCACUCAGCCUGCCAGACUUGUAGAAGUGUAAAUUUGACAUUAUCAAUGCAGCCUAGUGCUGUGCAAAGCCCGCUUUUUAUAUCUAUCUAUUUAUUUAAUUAUUGUCACACUCCUGGCAAAACCUUGACAAUCAGCUGUAGGACACCAAACGUAGCAUCUUUGCAUAAUAAAAAUUGCAUGUGGUUAUGUUGGUUUGACUACACCUUUAAGAACUGAUAUUAGCUCUGCUGUGUCUGUCUGUUACAUGUGCAUACUUGCCCCAAUAUCUUAAAGGACAACUGUCAUCGGAUUUUCACUUUUUUUCUUUUGAUUACAUUUAAUGAAUGCUUUUCAUUUAUUUGUUUUUUAAUGAUGUGUAUUUAUUUUUAGUAGAGAAAGGGGAGGACUGGUCUGAAGUAUAUAUAUUCUGGCUAUGGCCUAAAACUGUUAUUAUUUUGGCCUAAAGUUUGGUGUUGUCUUUUCAAUUCACCACAAUGUCUUGUUUACUGAAUACACUUAUUAGGUUCUGUAAAACUGAUUAUUUCUGUGAUUUAAUAUAUUUUAUGACUUUCCUUUUAUAAAGAUGUAGACCAGUUUUCAAAAUUUUAAAGCCUUUGACUAAUGAAAAUUUCAGCUCAGACGAGUAGAAAUUCACUCUUGGUGAAUGCACCAUGGACCCUCCAGGCUUGCAGUGGAGAGCAACUUUUAGGGCUUGGCUAGUAGCAUAGGGCUUGAUAUUUUAAGCCUAGGUUUACUACGUGCAACACCUUUUCAAUAGAAACAUUUAACUAUUGGCUGUGUAAGGUUUUUUGUUUGUUUUUUGUUGUUGUUUUUUUUGUUUUUUUUGUUUUGUUUAGUUUAGUUUAUUUUAUUAUCAGUAUUGCUUUGGAAUGAUUUUGUCUUGAAAAAAACAUGUUUCAGCCCAGCUACUUGCACAAGGUGUACUAAAUUGAAGGGACACGUCACUGCCCAGCUACAAAAUAAAUAAAUCUUGUAUCCUGAGCUUAGCUCCACUGAGCUAAACAACCAGGAAGUACCAGGACAGAAAUAUCCCACACAAUAGAUAGUAUUUCAAUACAAUCCAAACCAACAGAGGGGCCAAUAGAAUUGUUAUUUGUCUACCAUACACAGAGUUCAAUAGGGAUAUCAUUAUUCGCAGUUAACCAUAUUGGAUGCUUGCAGUUUUAGAAAUGAGAAUUUUUUUAUUGGUAGUUUGAAUUGUCCAGAUCAGCAGUGGGAAGUCUAAGUAUUGCAAAUUGAGCAAUUUUGAUGUUUUAGCAGUCAUGGUUAUAGUUUUGUUGUGUUUUUUGGGGGUUUAUUUUUACAAAUUAAUUUCAGGUUCCAGAGACCUUAAGAAAGAGAUUGAAUAUUAAUGUGUCUUCAGCGGUUCAUAUACAGUCAUGUGACUCCUUUCCAAAAAUCCCUGCCUCAAUUACGCUCCAACCAACAGAAUCCUUGGUGAGUAAAUGCUGUAUUUAACCUCUUCUCAAAUCCUACAUUAUAGAGAGAUUUUUAAAGAUAUCUUGCUUAAAAAUUUAAAGAGCUGAGAUUUGGCAAUUGUAUGUUUGACCUACACUCUAAGUUUGAAUGAUUCGACAAAAGCCUGCAUACAUGUAAACCUCAUGUAUAGCAAACCCAGAGUCGUGUGAUGUUAUUUAUGUAUUUGUUUUAAUUUGAUUUGUCUUAUUUAACUAGGGAUGUGAACAGAACUUAAAACUCCACCCAAACUAUAUUGAUAUAAAAAACGAUUGGUGUUUAUUUAUUUUCCUUUGUUUUUUUUUUUUUGUUUUUUUUACAAAAGUGAUAUAACUCCUAAAUGGCAGAGAAUUAACCAGCGAGACUGCAGGAGCAUGAUCUAUACUCCAAAACUGCUUCAUUAAGCUAAAGUUGUUUUGAUGUCUAUACUACACCUUUAAGCUCUGUCCUUUCUACUUGGGAGUCGUCAUUGUUUAUCUACAGUGUAUUUUGCAUUUUUUAUUUAUUUAUUUAUUUUUUCUUCUGGUAAUGACACCAUGUACUGGUCUUUUAACUUUAUAUUAAAGAUUUAGCAACUGCAUCAUAUUCCAGUUCAGUCCAGGCACAAGAAGGGCACAAUCAGUGUAGUUAAAGAUGAGCCAAUUACAGAGUUCAGGGUGCCACUAUCAUAAUGUAUGUUUAAUCUACCAGCUUGUCUCAACUUAAUAUAAGACAAUUAUAGCCAGACAGUAGGUGGUAAAACUGAAAACAAUUUAUUAUAAAGGACAAAAAUACAAGAAAAAUGAGCCUUAAUGGCACAUAAUACAAAUGAAGGGGAGAAAUAGAAACAUAGUUUCAUUCCUCCUCUUAUCUGUAUGCUUUCCCUACGACGGCAGAGCGUACUAUACACAUCAAAACAACUUAAGCUUAACCUCUUAAGGACCAAACUUCUGGAAUAAAAGGGAGUCAUGACAUGUCACACAUGUCAUGUGUCCUUAAGGGGUUAAUGAAGCAGGUUUAAUUUAUAGAUCAUGCCCCUGCAGUCUCACUGGUCAAUUAUCUGCCAUUUAGGAGUUAAAUCACUUUUGUUUCUGUCCAUGCAGCGCAAGCCACACCUCCCCUGGCUAAACCAUUCAGUAGUGAUGCGAUACACGGUGCAAAUGGACUCCAGGUAACCUAACCACUUCAAUCGUUGAAGCGUUUAUGGUGCCUACAAUAAUUCUAGCAGUAUAUAUGCUUACCUGUAGUAUCUGCUCUAUCUCUAACUAGACUGAUCUAAAUAAAAUGCACCUGUGGAUAGGUUACUUUUCUAAAAUUUGGUAGGUAAUUAUUCAUUUCAGUUGAAAAAAAGAUUUAUUUUUCUUUUUUUAUUUCCAGGGUAGAGAGACAACUGAAGAAGAUGUUAAAUCAGCAUUUAAUUCCUGGUUGCAAUCUUCUUGUACUUUAAAAGUACCUUGGGUUUUAGGGGAAAUUACUACUAUAAACAUUCCCAUUGAAGAAAGUAAGUUUGCACGUUUAAGUUUAAUAUUCUAUAUAUUAGUUGGUUAGUUAUAGGUACAGGAGGUUGUGAUAUGAAACAUUCCGGUCCUUACUGAUUUUCAGAGGUCUUGGUUUUAGCAGUUUCAUUACUCCACAUUCCUGGAAAUGAACUGUGUAUUCCAUAAAUGGAAUUAUAAUGAUUUUUCUUUCUUGUUUUUUGUUCUUUAAAUGUGCUAGUUAAGAACCAAUGUACAAGGAGCUGGUUGGCUCCUCAUGUUACUACCCACUCACAAUACUCAAAAGCAAUAAACUUCUAGAACGUUUGUGUAUAUAUACACACACACACACACACAUCUAUCUAAUCUAUCUACCUAUCUAUCACCUGCACUCCAGUGUAGCAGCUCUGCAGUCAGUAUAGUACAGUUCUAAUGAUAGCACUCCAAAUACUGCUUAGGUAUUGAUAAUAAAACUUAACUUUUAUUUAACUAUAACAAAAUAAACAAAUCCCUGUUUCAGUUUAGUUAAUAAGCUGAAACAUUGAUCCUGAUGAAAGUGUAUUAACUAAACUGAAACGUUGAUUUUUUUAUUUUGUAAUUGGUAAAUAAAAGUUACGUUUUAUUUAUUUCCAAUACCUAGGAAGUACUUGGAGUGCUAUAAUUCGAACUCUAAUAUAUCUCUAUCUAUAUCUAUCUCUUCGAUGAAUGUGUUCUUUUACAUAUGAUCCAUUCAUUUUUAAAGUGGCUCUGUCACGGCUAUAUCGCCUCUGAGUAUUUAAUAAAGAUAAUAUUGACAUUUUUGAAAUUUGAUUUAAAUGCCACAGGAGUGAAAAGGUACCAUGAAACAAAUUUAGGAUAACCUUGUCUCAUGGUCAAGCCCCAAGCUUCUUUUUUUCCCCCCUUCUUUCAUUUAAAGCAGCUAUUAAUGUCAUGAGAGCUCGUCUAUGAAGGGUCUUGGAGGUCACUUUUUAUAGCAGUGUUAAAACUGUAAUUAUACUAUUGUCAUAUACAUGUUACUAUGUACACAUAAUAUACCUGUUCACCUGUCUGCCUUAAAGAUAAAACGGCUUGGAGUAGCACUGUCUAUUUAUUCUUUACUAGAACAUGUCAUUAUGUUUGCAGGAAUGAUGGAAUUCUUUGUUCGUGUGAAUCCCACAACUGAGGAGACAAGUGAAGAUAAUUUCUAUAUGUUAUGUCCAAGUUUCCUUCCGAAGACCAAAAUUAAUGUAAAUACUGAAGUAAUCUGGUACAUAAUGCUGCUGCUUGGGUGUAAAUAAUGCUACAUUUCUGUUUUACAAAAUGCAUAACAAUAUUGUCUUUGCACAAAAUUUGUAUUGGGUGGGAGUGUUUUAUGUAUGUCAAUUUUCAGUAUUAAUUAUGAAUUUGGAUAAAUUAUAACUUGGUGGGAAUUUCUUGUCCCCUAGAUCUUGCUGUAGUGCAUUACCAUUUGUAUCAGUACAAGGAUACUUGUUGAUUCUUUUGUUAUAGAAAUUAAUGAGUUACGGCUUAAUUGGGAGAUAAAAAUACGGAAAAGAGUGCGCCUGUGAGGAAUACAUUUAUAAAUAGAAUAAAAUAAGUAUAAAAAUAGCUUAAAAGUAGUCCAGGUAACUUAACACUAGUCCAAGUAAGGUAAUCCAAGACAAUAGGGAAGGUUCUUUGUGGAGCAGCAGACUGAAUUGAUAGUACUGGUGUCACGAAAUAAAGCUUGUCAUCCGGUAGGACAUGUAGAGAAGAAACCGAAAAGAGGACUCCAGUGGUAUGGUAUAUAAAUACACUGGGUAACAGAAGGUAUAUAAAUGAGAUACUACUCACAAUAUUCGGAGCUAAAAUCCAGCUCUGGUUUGGAAAGUGUGAAGUGGAAUAAUCCCCAUUCAAGGAUAUACGUGGUUCUUCAGGCUUCCAAUCUUGUGUAAGAGAAGAGUAGUCCAACCAAUUUGCCGAGCAGACUCACUACUCGGUGUAUAGCGUAUGGGUGAUAGAGUCCCCACUUAAGGAUUCUUUGUGCUUCUUGGAAACAGCAAAAAGUGAUGUCAGGCCAUAUUAGUAAAGACUAAAAAAAGGAAUAUGGCAAGUGUGGUAUAUAGCCAACAAAUUCCUUUAUUAGAGAGAAAUGUUAAGUUUCUAAACGCGUUUCGCCUACACAGGCUUCUUCAAGUAGAAACUGAUAUACAUUAAAAACAUAGACCUGACAAGCAAGGGUGUAUAUAUAGGGAACUUAAUUGGGAACUGAACUACAUUCUGUAAACAGAUAUUUAAUUCUAGGUAAUUCUUCAACCUUUGGCAUCGGAUGAACGCUCGCGGGUCGAGCAGUUUGACCAGAGUCUCCCGUACUUGCAGACACAAAACUUGGGGUAUGUGUACAAAAUAUUUUUAACCUAUGGAUUCGUGAUUCCAGAGCAAAACAGUAUUGCAUGUCUGAUGCCCAAACUGUUCGUUUCAAUUGAUAUGAAUGUUGAAUUAAAGCCAAUUAUGACGUACUGUUUUGUUUUUACUCUCACCCAAUGAGCUGACCCUGCACAGCAAAGCUUAGCGAAGAAGAGCUAGCAAAAGCUUCUAGCAGGAGUUUCUGCCUCUUCUGCUAAAAGUCAAACUAUUGGCAAUCAGUAUGACUCCUUACACAGAUGUGUCAAGGGCCAUUCCUGACACUAUCACUGCUACAGGCAUUGUGUAGUUGUUAUGGGGUUUGUAGUGUUCCUUUAAGCAGAUAGAAUGCAAUCAUGUGAACCCCUUUUCCAGUUCCUUAUGUCUUCUGUUCUGCAAACAUUUAAGUCUUUGGUGCGUAAUUGUUAGUUUUACAUGUCUACAACGUUCAACAUUAACGAUAAGACACUCUAUCUUUCAUAAACGAAGACUAAUCACUUCCACUUUCAUACACUUCCAUGAGAUUGGAAAAGGGGAAAAGGAACAGCAUAUGGGGGAACGGGUUUCAGAUCGCACAAUCAUUACAUAGCAUGCCUGUGCAUUAGAUUUUUAGAAACCAUUGUCUUUUCUUUAACUGAAAGCCUUUUAAAGACCGUAACUGUAUCAUUACACUGAUGACUGUGCUUCACAUUAUCAAGCUAAACAUAAGAUUAGUGAUACAAUGAAGGCUACUGAAAGGCACUAGUACACUGUUUCUGAAUUACAGGGGCUUUGAUAGCCUGGUGACGUCUUGCUAUGAACAUGUUGUCCAUUGCCUCAUGGGACGGCCCUUGUCUCGACAACUAGUGGCGAUGGCUUCAGGACUUCGAAGCGGAGCAAUCCUGAUUUCUGGAGUCAAGGUGCGUGUGAAUUCUGUGCAUUGCCAUACAACACUCUAUUCUAGAUUAAACAAAAUAAACUCAUUGCAGUUGUUAUGCUGCUGUGAAUCUUUUGUUACUGUUUGCUUGGGUUAUGUUUAACCUUUUGUGAACAGUACUAAAACAUGUCCCAUUUUGGACAGGAAGAAUAGACUGAGAGCUGUGGACAUGGAUUAACUCGGUGCUUCAAGCAUGUGGUUUUUUUCCCCACCAAUUCAAAAUGGGUCAGGUAUUUGGUAUUGGGAAGACCUUAGGGCAUAGGUGAAACCACUCAAAUAGUUUGACACAAACCAGGGAAACUGCACUCAGACAGUGCAACUAUAUUCACUAAUAUAAGCUAAGCUGUAGAGGUCAUUUUGCUUAGAGUGCACCUUUAAGGAACAAGAAAAACACCUGUUCAAAGACUUUAAGUAUUUACAAAUUUUCUAUAUUGUUUUGCAGGGAUGUGGAAAAACCACGUUAGCAAGAGCUUUAUGUAAAGAAGCAUUUGACAAUCUGGAGGCUCAUGUGGAAGAAAUCAGUUGUAAAUUACUAAAAGGUAACGUUAGUUAUUGUGGAAUGUGAUACUUUGAAACUUUCCUUGUGUCCCAAUUAUAGUAAAAUUUAUACAUUAAUGUUUCCAAAUUUAAUAGAAGCAAAAGGUGAAUUUUGCUACCUGCGUGUAGUCUAAUAGAUACAUAUUGUACUCUGACAGAGCAUGAUUAAGCAGCUGUAUUUGUCACUGUGUGUGUGUUUUCUCAUCAUUCUUAUUUUUGUUUCUAUUAGUUUCUAUUAAAGGGUUUCUCCAAGCACCAUGGCCACUUCACUGAUUUGAAGUGGUUAUGGUGCUUGAAUUCUGUUUGAGCAGCAUUUCACUAUGAAAAGCUGCAUAUACAAAGUUUAACCCCUCUGCUGCUGAAGCUGUAACUGUUCCAGCGAGAUGGGUGGGGGGACUGGGCUACAAGGAGAUCCUGGCCAGUUCUAGGGGCAGUAAACCUUUAAGUAAAAAAUUAUAAAUUAAAAAACAAAUUCAUAUUAUUCAUAUCAAGCUAAUUUGUGUUUAGUAAAUGAGAUGGGAUUCCUACUAUGUUAUUCUUCAGUAGACCAUGUUCAUGUGUUACUACUUAAAUAGGAGGAUUUAGCCCAGUGCAUUAGAAAAGCAGUCUUUAACAUAAUGCAGCUCUGCGGCAGUCUCCUGAAAUCCUUGCUUUUAAUUGGUGUGACUGGUCAUCUCAAGAACCAUGCUGUCUUUCAGGAAAAACAUUUGAAAAUAUACACCAGGCCUUGGAAGAAUUAUUUGCCGAAGCUGCUUGGAGACAGCCCUCUGUUGUCCUACUGGAUGAUCUGCAUCACAUUGUUGGAAUUCCUUCUACACCUGAGCUGGAGCACAGCCCUGAAGCAGCUCAAAGCAAGCAGCUUGCAUAUGGUAACCAGAUCUUAAACAUUCACCAUAUUUAAUAAAACAAUAAUUAGGUAGAAGGCUAUUUUAAAUAUGUGAUUUUGUUCUAUGUCUUUCAAAAAUGUUUAUUUUCAUCAAUAUAUGUUAUAAACAAAUGAAAAAUAUAAAAAUGUAAUACCAGACUCAGAAUUGAGCCUUUGUGAAGUGGCCCUGUGACUGAAGUGCUUUACAUUGCCGCCUAGUAACACCUCUAGUGCCAGUCACUCAGACGACCACUAAAGGAGCUUCCUAGUUCAGUGCCGCACAGUAUGCAGCACAGGCGUUCAGUGUCUCUAGGCUCUGCAUUGAGUUGCUGAACGUUUUCCAUAGAGCUGCGUUGCUUCAAUGCAUCUCUAUAAGGAUAUGCUGUUUUUAGCGGAGCACAAAGUGCAAUAGCCUCCCAAUGCUUUCCUAAUGGAAAGCAUUGGAUUGGCUGAGAUCAUCAAGAUUGAUGGAGAAAAGGUAAGUAAAAUCACUUUUUAACUCUACAAAGUGGAAAGGCCUGAAACCUAAAUAGUUUAACACUAGUGUUAGGAAUACAUGUUUGUAUUCCUGGCACUAUAGUGUUCCUUUAAAACAACAGGGGCGGAUGCCUCCCAGUUUUCAGAAGAGGAAAGUCCUCAAAACCAGAAGGGAGAGGGCAUGCUGCAUACAUAACUUGAAUAUAUUAUAUGCACUGUGCACAUGUUUGAAGUAGCAAAUAACUUUAAGCUCUGGUGAGUAAUACAAGACUAAUCCCUGGUGUAACUUGACAGAAUAACAGGUGUAAAUUCAUAUGAACCAGACACAAACUCACUGAUUAUUAUUGUUACUGGCAUAUAUAAAGCACCAACAUAUUCCCCAGCGCUGUACAAUGGGGAAAAAGACAAUAUACACGGAGUAACAAAAGAUAAAGAGGGCCCUGCAUGUGAGCUAAUAUCUAGCCACUAAAGCUUGUUAACCAAGAUUGUUCAGUCAAGGAAACAUUGACUAUUUGCAGCAGUUUACUGGGUAUGAGUAUUCUAAUAAUAAUAUAUAGGGCACGGGCUUUGAAACGAAGCUGGUGGGAGUCUUUCACUUUUCUUUUUCUAACACUCUCAUAAUGCUAUUGACUUUCCAUUCUAGCUUCUUACAUUGGAUUGAAAAUUGCUUUGAAUGUCUACUUGUACAGGCCAAGACUUAGGCGGGAUUAGUAUGCUCUUCCAAUGAUAUAAGUGGAUGCAAGGAAGUAUACAUAUGUACCAACUAGGUUGCUGCUGAAUAAUUGUAUUAUAGAAAUGUGCAAUGUUAACCUAUUUAUCUUUUAUCUUUGUUGACUUUUGUCUAUAAAUGAACAAUAAAAUACAGAUUUAAAGGAUCACUAUAGUGUCAGGAAAACAAAUUGGUUUUCCCCUCCCGUGGUGCUGAAGGGGUUAAAACCCCUUCAGUUACUCACCUUCUUCCACCGCCGGGCCCCCUUACCUCCAACCCCGCCGACGUCAGCUCCCCUGUCUGACGUCAGCGGAGCGGAAUGCGCAUGCGCGGCAGCAUUUUUCAAUGCUUUCCUAUGGACGCUCUGUGUGAUGGAGGCAUAAUAUGCCUCCAGCGUUGUAGAUGCGCCUCUAGUGGCUGUCCGGAAGACAGCCACUAGAGGCUGGCUUAACCCCAAAUGUAAACAUAGCAGUUUCCCCCUCCAAUAGUUUGCAUUAUUAUUUUUUUUCAUUAUUUUCUUCCAGUAUUGAAAGGUCUGAUGAAGGAUAUAAUUACCAUGGACACUCAGAUUGCUGUUAUUGCUACAAGCCUCUCUGAUCGCUCCUUGAAUCCAAUUCUAAUUCCUGUGCAAGGAACUCAUCUAUUCCAGUGCCUUAAAACCAUCCAUCCACCCACUCAGGUAACGGUUCACCUAUUCAAGAAACAAACUGGAUUUGUAAAAUAUUUUGAGUUUACACAUCAAUGGAACAUUGUCAUUGUUCAAAGAGCAGACAUAUGUACUUUGUUUGCUCAUAGAUAAAGUACUUGUGUUUUUUUCUUCUUGAUUUCACUUCACUUUACUGAUUCAUCUUCUUUUGAAAUGGUGUAGUAGAGAGGUUUGCAGCUGGUGUAUUAUUCGUGCACUUCAAUAUUACGAAUGGUAUUAUGGCAUCAAUUAAAUUUACAAAUAAAUAGCCUUUAAUGCAAAUGACUAUUGUGCCUGCAACGCUUUUUUGUCUUCGUUUUAGGAACAAAGAUCUGAAAUGCUCCGCUGUAUUAUAGAAAACAGACUGAGCGCGGAUUUUGCUCGUUUUAAAGAACUUGACUUGAAUCAGCUUGCAAAAGAGACAGAAGGAUUUCUUGCAACAGAUUUUACAUUGCUUGUUGAGCGAGCCAUAGAAUCUAGUGUUGCAACUAGAAAGGUCUAUAGGAAGACAGGUAAAAUGUUUCAUUUUGUUGAUUGGAAUGCAAAAGCAGAACUUAUCCUCAUGUUUUAUCUUCCAUGAAGGGGUUAACUUUAAAGAAAAAAGCAGGAAAUGAUCACUUCUGGGCAGACUUGGGCUAGUUUAAUCUUUAGUAAAUAAACCAGAGUGAGACAUUUCCAGAAACUGAUUUUCUUCUCAAAACCACUAAACAGGGAUUUGUAAUGAAUUGCUGAUUUUAGACCAAACUAAGCAAGCCCUAUUUCAAUUUACAAAUUUACCAAUAGCUGAGCACUACUGAAAUGCUUACAUAUUGACUAAAAAGCCCUGAAUUGUGCCCAGCUGCAGCGUGUGUAUGUUUGAUUAUGCUCUCCCACUGCACUUCAAAACAGUCCUUCAGACUACUACAGAGCUACUGUGUGGGGUUAUCAGGAGGACGUUGUACGUUUCACAAGAUCAUGUGGCUUGUCGGUCUGUAGAUGUAGCAACGGUGUUCACACUCAGCCUAAAUGACACCUAACAAAUUGGAAUGCACCAAAAUUAUAUGGUUUGCAACUUGCCAAAAUCUCUUAAAUCUAUUUUUUUUUUUUUUUUUAAGAGCUGGAUUUGUCAAUGUCCAACUUCAGGGAUGCUCUUAAAGGAUUUACUCCUUUGUCACUCAGAAAAGCUCACCUUCAUAAGCCAAAGAGUCAAGGAUGGAGUAUGGUUGGAGGCUUGCAUGAUGUCCGGCAGAUUCUUAAAGACACCAUUGAGUUACCCGCCAAGGUUUGUUUAUUGUUUAUAAAUACAUACACCACUUAAUUGGUUAUAUAGGUAUUCAAACACAAGGCUUCUAACGGUUAGUAAACUACAUCUCUCGUGAAACUUUGCCAGUCAUUUGCUGGGGUUUUUGUAUGGUUCGGAUCUAUAGGAAACAUAAAUUAACGUUGUUACAGAGAACAGAUACCUGGCAUAAGGAUGAAGUGCUUAACUAAAAAUUCACUACCUAAUAUAUGGUUGAAAGUGAAAUUUCUAGAUUUUGACAUUAUCUGUACCUUUAUUCUAGUUCUUCCAUAUUGGAUAUUAUAUUAUUUAGCAAGAGGUGUUUUUAUUAUUGGUACAGUAUAUGCAUAUUUUGUAGCAUUUACAGGAACACUAUAGGGUCAGGAACAAAAACAUGUAUUCCUGACCCUAUAGUGUUAAAACACCAUCUAGUCCAUCUGGCAACACCUUGCCCCCCUCUAUAUAGUGUAAUCUUACUUUUAUUCCAGUCUGCCUCCUUGUCUGACCUCAUCAGCAGUGUUAUUCAAAGCCAUUGGGGAAGCAUUGGAUUGGCUGAGAAUAUCAAGAAAGCAGAUCAGGGGCAGAGCCAACACAAGCCAAACACAGCCUUGGCCAAACAGCAUAUCACCAUAGAGAUGCAUCUCUAUGAGGAAAGUUAAUUGUCUCCAUGCAGAGACACACGAUGAGUGGCCACUGGAGGUAUCCCUAGGCUGUAAUCUAAGCACUGCUUUUUCUCUGAAAAAAAAACAGUGUUUACUGCAAAAAGCCUGAAGGUAAUGAUUCUACUCACCAGAACGAAUACAAUAAGCUGUACUUGUUCUGGUGACUAUAGUGUCCCUAUAAGUAUAUUUUGCUACACUGUUUCUCUUAUCCCUAUCACUAACUAACCAGAGUACUUGGGUCUUUCUUAUUCGUAAUUGUGAUCUUGAAUGAACUUUAUUUGAACAUGAUUUGUUUUACCCUAUUUUUCUGAUAUUGAUUUGCAUCAUAUAUCAGUUCCUGGUUUUUUUUUUGUUUUGGUUUUUUUAUAGCAAUUUUACUAAUUUCUGUUACUUCUAUGGGAAACGUCAUUUGCCAACAGCUAAUCAAGCAUUUGUCUACCCUGUUUUACAUUUUUUUUUUUUAAUCUAUUAGUUAUUUGAGAGGUGUGAUAACCUGGAGUAUGAUCAGGUAGGCGUAGUCCGUGUAGCAUGAUAAGACAUGGUAUAUUUUUUAGACGUAGUAGACAUAACACAACAUAGAAUUGAUUUCUCAUUAAAUGUACAGUAUAAAUUACCACAAAUAAAAUAUCCUUAGUCCUUGUUAACAUUUCUUUUGUUUAUCUAUGUAUGUUUAGUACCCAGAGCUGUUUGCAAAUCUCCCAAUACGCCAUAAAUCUGGCGUUUUGCUCUAUGGGGCUCCAGGCACAGGGAAGACUUUGUUGGCCAGUGUGAUAGCUCAUGAAAGUGGAAUGAAUUUCAUCAGCGUUAAGGUGAGACUUGGAAAGCUUCUAUCAAAUAUUUGCAUUGAGGUUUGAAUAGUGCUUUUCUGAGGUUUAUAGUAUUUAGGUUUCUACAAGAUUUAUUCUCGAUUUCUAUCCCUUUUUGCUUUUAUGAACCAUAUACACCAUAUCGGAUUGUUCCUUUUAUCUGUUGUUAUUUAUUUUGAAUAAGUAGAUGGGGUUAUUAAAAUGUACAUUGGAAAUAAUUCAACGUCAAAUUUUAGGUAAAAUUAGCAAAACUGGAAAAGUUCUCCAACUCAGCUGUUUUCAGUUUGAGUAUCCCUGUUAAAUCCCAGCACCAUUUGUUGUUUUUUUUUUUUUCUGAAUUCUCUGGGCUAAUAAUUAUUUUUAUGCUGGCUUUUUCUAGGGGCCUGAACUUCUCAGCAAAUACAUUGGAGCAAGCGAGCAGGCUGUGCGUGACGUUUUUACAAGGUUAAUGCUUUUCUCCACUAAGUGUUCUACGAAUACGUUUGCAUAAUGCUAUUUGUUAUUUUGACUUUUUAAUAGUGACAUUGUUAAUAAUACCCAGGUCCCUGUUUUAUAUCAUAAGUGACCAGCAAUACUAUUCCAACCAGAUGAACAUUUAAAAACUGAAAAAUUCUGCAAUGUUCUAAAAACACUACUUGACUAUUCCAAGUAAACCUAUUUAUGGGGUUAGGACAUUGUGUGUGAUACUUGUGGAGCGUGUGUGUAUGAAAAGAGCGCAUCUAUCUUGGCUCCCGGUCAAUCAUUGUUUUAGGUUCUGCCUUUUUCACCUGUCAGUCAUCAUAGAGAGAGGAGGAGAAGACAUUGUGUUCUUCUCCAAUGUGUACAUAUGUACAUCAUAUACAUUUAAAAAUGGAGCAUCACUUUAAAAAAAAAAAAAGUAACACAAGUUGUAGAUGAUUUGUAAUAUAUUUAUUCAGUAGCGUAAUUUCCAGAGAAGUGAUGGUGGCCCCUGUAAGCAUUACAUCAUGUGGAUUAAUGUUUUGAUUCCUGACUUUAUGGUCCUGUGAUUUUUAGAGCCCAAGCAGCAAAACCCUGCAUUCUUUUCUUUGAUGAGUUUGACUCUAUUGCCCCUCGUCGAGGUCAUGAUAAUACGGGAGUGACGGAUAGAGUGGUCAACCAGAUGCUGACACAGCUGGAUGGGGUGGAAGGGUUACAAGGUAAAUACCGAAUCAAUGUUGCUGUAAUAGGUAGAUGGUGCUAUAGUGGGGGGUGCACUGGCUAGGUUAGCAGUGGAAAUGCAUUUCUAAUAAGCAGAUUUGGUCAAAAACUGGGUCCUGGGUGUUUUUUGUAUAAUAGCCUUUUGUGACCACACUUAUUUAUCUUUGUAUUUCCUUGUUUUUGCUCAAUCGUUUCACCCUUCGACCCAACCCACCAUUAUUUCCCACGUUAAUUUCUGAUCCAUCAACUACCCCUAAUUCUCCAACUGGUUAGUAUUUACUCAAAGAAGCAUAGAUGGAGUACAUUAUGAUUGGAGUAAGAACUCAUAAGAAUAUUUUAUUUUCUUUCACUACCUCUGAAUUCUCAUGCACGCCUUCUCUCUCUAAUCAUUAUUCUCUUUAAUUAUUCUGUUAACACUGCUCAUCAGUGUUUGUUAAAAAAUAUAUUUUAAAAGUUUUCGUAUAUCUCAUAGGGAGGCUUUUGCCACUGUUAAAACACUUCUACUUUGUGCUCCCUAAAAUGGCUUAUUGAUGAAGAUGGUUGGGAUAUGACAUAAUAUCCUUCACUGAGUCCAGAAAUGCACUGUGAAUGAUUGAGAAUGACUGAACCAGUGAAAGCACCCAUCUAGCUCCCUCACAGAGUGGAAAUAAAAGAAAUUAGAGGUCACUUGCAACCCGAAAAGGUUGUAGUCUACUGCAUCAGCAAAUGUCCUGGGGGACAAUCUUCUGUGCUGCAUUUCUUGUUGUCAUGGUGUCUGUGUGUGGAAGAAUUAAGGGUUUGAGGUGAAUUUAACUUUAUGUUUUAGGAAGUGAGCUGAUCUUAAGCUGUGCCUUCAAUAAUCUUUGUUUGAUAUUUGUAGGAGUUUACGUUUUGGCUGCCAGCAGUCGUCCAGAUUUGAUCGACCCCGCCUUGCUCAGACCUGGACGUUUGGAUGAGUGCCUGUACUGUCCUCCUCCUGAUCAGGUAAUAAGAUAUUGAGGGAGCUUUCCUUUGGUAGGGUAAACACUAGUCAUUCUAAGGUAUCCAUGCUAGACUGGGUUUUGGGUGCGGCAACUGGGAAUUUCAAUUAUUUAUUUUUUGUUUGUUAAAAUAAGUUUUAAUUUUAAAGCUAAUGUUGUGCAACAUUUGGCAUGAUGUGACUGUCAUUUUAAUAGUUGUCACCAAAUCCAAACGACUACAUAAUACAUUUCAAAAGAGGAUUUUUUUAAAUUUUACAUUACACAUUGUCACUCGUUUUAUUCCACGUUAACAGCUCUACUAGGGUUACAGAAACAGUAAUAUAUUUAGGUUCCACUUAUUGUAUUUCAGAUGUGAUAGAAAUCCGACAACUAUUUAAAUGUCUUAUCGCCCCUUUAGGAAUACUGAAAGUUUAAAUUUGUUCUCCUCUUUCAUAGAUUUCCCGGAUUGAAAUCCUGAAAGGUCUCAGUCAUUCCAUGUUGCUAGAUGAUGAUGUGAACUUUCGGCAAAUAGCUGCUUUGACAGAGAAUUUCACUGGCGCAGAUCUGAAAGCGUUGCUAUAUAAUGCUCAGCUGGAAGCAAUCCAUUCUAGUCUAUCACCAAGCCUGCCACAGGUAUAAACAAUGAUCUUAAUUUGCCAUUCACAUUGACGUGGCAAGCUGGGUUAGAUUUAGUAUGUUUUUCUGGAUGGAUUUUGAAAAACAUUUAUAUUUAAUAAGAGAUUCUGUUCUGUGUAAUGAGCAUUCUAUCUGUGCAGUGUAGCAAUUGCUGCACAUGUAAUGUAAAACCCCAGUGCUUGACUGAGGCAGAGCUGCAGUGAGCAUGCUCUUUCCACCUAAUUAGAGGUAAGUAACGGCUUUAUUUUAUGGGAACAGUGCUUCGCGAAAUAAGAUUAGGCAACACUCUGGCUUUAGAAAUUCAUUUAUUUAUUUUUAACACUAGAGUGUUCAUUAAACUAAAAAAAAAAGUAUUUUCUCUCUACAGGUCUGCUUUUUGUCAGCAUAUACAUUGUCACAUUCUAAAUUAUAUCCAAGUUGCUUCUGCAAAUAUUGAUGUUGCUGGUUGCAUAGUGUAUGAUUUAUGAAGGAUUAUGGGAAAUGUUGUUAAAUUACAGGUGAGGAAACAAUGUUAGUCACCCCUGUUAGAAAUGUGCAAUGAAUGCAGAUUAAUUUCAGUAGUUUGUAAUAGACUCCAUAAUAGGGACACACAACGCCUCAAAACAACUAUAGUUUACAGGGACACUAUAGGCACCCAGAUGACUUCAGCUCAUUGAAGUGGUAUGGGUGCAUUUUCCUAGGUCCCUUAACACUGCAAUAGUAAUUAUUGCAGUUAUUGAGAAAUUGCAAUAAUUACUAUCGAGUGUUAACUCCAUCUCUAGUGGCUGUCUUAAAGAGGACUUCUGGGUCGCUAAGUGACUUUUUGUCGCCUAGCUAAUGACGGACGACCUUAUGCUAUGCAUAGGAAAGCAUUGUAUAACCCCAUAGGAAACCAUGUGCAUUGGGUCUCCUUCGCCAGCUGAUGUCGGUGAGGAAGAAGCGGAGUCUGAGCCAGUUCCAGUGCCGAGGGACAUCGGUGCUUAACUAAGGUAAGUGACAGAAUGGUUUUUUAACAAUAGGGAGCUAUAAUGCCAGGAAAACAACUUUGUUUUCCUGGCACUAUAGCUUCCCUUUAAUUUAGACCCUGAGGUCUCACUGCUCAAUUCACUGCCAUUUAGGACCUGGGACACAUUAAAAAUUUUCUGCUUUUGUUAGAAAUCCCCCUAACGUUUUUUAUCCUCACCCUUGAAGUCUGGAAAGUUGGUAGCUAUGGAGUGCAGAUUGAGCACUAGCUAUUUAUCUCUGUCUUUGCAGAGAUGAAAAAUGUGACAUUUAGUAACCAACACACAGUGCAUGAAAAACUUGUUAAAGCCUGCUUUCUUGCAUUUACAGAAGAGAUAUAUUGAUCAUAUCCUAACUGUGUGCCUUCAUGGGUGGGAAAGUUAGAAAGUGGAGUUAAGGGGAAGAAUGAUGGAAAUAUUUAUUUUUCAAAACAUAUACAACAUUGAGUAUGCUGCAGAAGACAGCUAAUUAUUUAGACCAUCUAGUUUUGUUUCAACUUUGUAGUUGUUUUGGGUUUUUUUUCACUAAACUGGCAAUAAUCAGGAACUGAACAGGGAAUUUCACAUUUAGUCAAAUAGAGCUAAACAUGAAAUAAAUGUCCAAUUCCUAUCCUGUUCAUUUCCGAGUACUGUCUGUUUAAUUAACUGUGUAUUUGUGAGUAUUUGUUAUUUUGUGGAACAUAUUGAAUAAGACAACAAAUGUUUGAACCAACAGUAUAAUAAACAAUGCCUAGAACAUUAUCUUCUAGACACCAAAAUAAAGAUUCACGUCUUACACAUUUGUAUAUGAGUCAUCUAUUCCCUUACAGAACAUCACAUAUUGUGUCUUGUGAUCACUGCAGGAUAAUGGUUCUGGAUCAGACAGUGAUGUUAGCUUGUCUUCAAUGAUCUUUGUGAACCCCAGCAGUGGAUCUGAUGAAUCGGCAGGAGAGUCAGACAGUGCUCUAGAGCAGUCUCUUGCCUCCUUGGAUAUCGUGAAGCUGCCACCUGAAGAUUCAAAGUCCAGCAUCUGGCGCCUUUAUUUUGGAAGUUCGUAUGAAUCGGACCUUGGAAAUAGCAGCACAGAUCAGGUAACUUUUCAUAUUUCUCAUGCUAGUUCUCUCGUUGUCUUUCCAGUCCAUGAAAAACGUUUCUUACUGUGGAUCAUACUUGUGUAUCUUCAAAAAAAACAUUCAUGCCAUUUACUUAUAAAUGUUGCUUCACGUAAACAAAUUGUAUGAUAAAACAACAAAUGUUUGUUGUUCGUGUUUUUAUUUUGUCAAGCUAGAUAAACGUGCAGUGUUUGACAGAGAUGACCAAGUUCCAUCACAGCACUCCAACUAAGGUCCUACUCUAACUUAAUUAAUAUGUAGCCAUAUGCAGAACCAGUACAAAGAUUUCCACAUUUUCUUCAAUGCUGACCAAAAGGAUUGCCUACACACAAACUUAUUACUAAUUCCGUCUUGAAAUGAAAAGUCAUACCUCAAAAUACUACUUGGGUACCAUUGAUUUUAAUAUUCCGAUCUUAAUCUGGUUCCCUUGCACCCGGUACAAGGUAGCGUAACAGUUUUGAUGGAUCUGCUCCUGCUGAGUUGUAUAGGAAAAUAUCAAUAUAAAGUCCGUUAAUGCUGAGAGGAAGUGGCCGUGAAAAUGACAGAUUUACCCAAAUUGUAAUCAUAGAUGCAUUUUAUUUGACAAAGGUUUAGGCCAAAACCAUUUGGUUCAGUAAAUUAUCAUGUUUUGUAAUGUUUUCUUCUGUUUAUUAAUAUUUGCUUCAUUUAUUGGAAGUAUUUUGUAACAUAAAAUAAAUGUGAAAAAUUUAUGAAAUGUUCAAAUACAACGCUUAUGAGUUUUUGUAAUGCAUGUACUGAUAUUUAUUGGAAUCCAGAUCACAAAAUGCCAGCAGAAUUUCAAACUUUUUGAAUUUUUUUUUUUAAUGGUCUUAAUUCCAUUAUGCGGUAAAUACAGUAGCCUGGCUUAAACCAGGCACCUGUCUUGCAGAAUGCAUUACCCUGAACUACUCACUGAUCUGUCUUUUCCAGACUGCUUUUUUGCAUCCCUGUACAUGUAUGGAUGGGAAUGCAGAGGCAUAAUUCAUAGUGCCUAUGCAUGUUUAAAAAAACUGUCUUGGGUCGUAGCUACUUUAUUUAUAUUAAUGCACCUCUCUACCCAGGAAGAUUUUGCACAACGUAAUCUUGGGCCAUUGUAACUGUUUAAUGCGGGGGCUGGAGGAGCUUUAAGCAAUUGGCCCUGCCUUUACCCUACAGUUACUAUUUGACAUCCAGGAUGCUUUUCCCUUGUUCUUACCAUUCAUACAUUUCCUCUUUCAUGUAAUCUGCAAUCUUAAAGCAGCUUUGUCACUUUUAGGCAUCUUUAAAAAUAGUUAGAGAUCUCUGAAGAUGACAUCUUCUUUUGGUGUGGGGGAGCAAAUUAAAGUUUACAUACUUACCUAAACUCUCCUUUGCAUUCCCUGCCAUCUUUUAGCUCCUGGCACUGCAUCCACCAUAAUGGUUGUACUCUAUCUCAUGUGUAAGAAUACCACGUUACCAUGUCUGUGGGCGAGACCUCGGGGUCAGCUGUAAAUCCAUUCGAUCAAUGUGUAAGAAGAUGUCUCGCUAUGUCAAUUUCAGGCUUUAUAAUUAUUAUUAUUAUUAUUGGUAUUUAUAUAGCGCAAACUUAUUCUGCAGCACUUUACAAUAAAAGGUGAAUUUACCAAAUGAGACAAUAACAAAAUGUAACAGGAACAAUAGGCAGUUGAGGACCCUGCUCAAAUAAGCUUACAGUCUAGAGGAGGUGGGGUAUAAAAAGACAAUAGGAAGGGUAUUGAGAGAGACCGCAAACAGACAUGGUGGGAAAGUAGCAGAACUGGAGUGGGGUGUGGCCUUAUAAUAGAGAGUGAGAGAGAGAAGUUACUCUUGGAGGCCAUAAUCAUUCCUGUAAAGAUGGGUUUUGAGGGACUUCUUAAAGGAUUGAAGACUAGGGGAGAGUCUGGCAGGGGUAGACAGGCUAUUCCAAAGGAAAGGUGCCGCCAAUGAGAAGUCUUGCAGGUGUGAAUUUGCAGUAAGGGUGCAAGCAGCAGACAGGAGAAGGUCACCAGUAGAGCGAAGAGAGUUGGUUAGUAUUUUAAAUUGACACCUGUAGGGUACAGGAAGCCGGGGUGAGGUGUGAGAGGAGCGACAGGAGAGAAAGCUCAGCCUGGAAGCAGCAUUCAUCACAUAUUUUAGGGGGGCAGUACGGCUUCUGGCAAGACCAAUUAGGAGAGAAUUACAGUAAUCCAUACGAGAGAUGACUAGAGCAUGAACAAGCUCUUUAGCAGCAUCUUGCGUAAGAAAGGGGCGGACGUGGGCAAUGUUUUUAAGGUGGAAUCGAAAGGUUUUAGCAACAGACUGGACAUGAGGCACAAAGGUGAGGCCAGGAUCAAAAGUGACACCAAGACAGCGAACUUGAAAGGAUGGGGUGAGGCAGGUACUGUCAACCUGCAGGGAGAGUGGAGGAGGAGGAUCAAUGUUAUGAGGAGGAAAAAUAAGAAACUCCUUUUUAGAGAAAUUUAGAGUUUCAGAAAGCAGGAGGACAUCCAGUCAGAGAUAGGACAUCCAAUAAGACAACGUGGUCUUUACUUUGUCUUAUGAUUUCAUGUGAUUUUGUUUGAAUUUCAAUGAAAUUCCAUUGCAGUCUCCAUGAGUAUGUCUUUCCUAAAUAUUGUAUCUUUGUUAAAGUGGCUCUGUUAUCUUUACUUACAUUUUGAAUGUUUUCAGAGUGAUUCAGAUUUAUUUUAUUUUGUAUGAACACUGAAUGCCUGCUUCUUUCUCCUGCCAGGUUUUUCACCCCUUCUGCAGCACAGGGUGGUGCAGGCAUGAGGGAGGGUAUAGCUAUAGUCCUAGGGAAACAACUUUGUUUUCCUAACAGUCUUGUUUCCCUUUAAAGUAUGUUUAGCUGGUGAUUACAUGCAUUGUGCAAUGUCAUUUCUGGGAGGCACUGAACUUUCCUAUUAAUGUUUCAUAAUUAAACUGUCCAGGCACAUUUUUUUAUGGUACAGAAUUUUAACCCUCAUCCCUAGACGCUGGAGGCAUGGUGGAGUACUCCUUCAGCCAGGUGUCUAAUACCUUAAUUCUAAACAUAGACAGAGGAGAGUCCAUGGACUGGACAGCUGCUCUCAACUUAAUAUUGCUAGACUGAGAAUGAUGAGAGUUACAGUUCAUGUGGUACAGUGGACGUGUACUCCCUAACCAACGUAACUUGUCUCCAAAAUUAGGUUUGGAUACAGAAAGUUCGGUACACUAUUAUCACCUAAUUGGCUUUGGUAUAGAGCCAGAUCUUUACUUUAGGGGUAUUUUAAUUACUUCUGUAUUCUUUUGAAAAAUGUUCAGAAUUUUUAAAUUCUAUGCAAUAUGUAGGUUGCAUGUAUUAAAGAGAAAAUAUAGUGCUAGGAAAACAAAGGUGUUUUUCAUUUCCUUGCACUGUAGUACCCUCCCCUCUCGAGCUCUCCCAGUGUCACCUACCUGAUUUCAACGCCAAUGUCCCUCAGCACUGGGUCGUGCUCCUCACUCGCCAACAUCAGCCGGGGGGGGAACCUCAUGCGCGACGAGUAUCUUGCUUGCAUUAGGACUAUCCCCAUAGGAAAGCAUUAUAUCAUGCUUUCCUAUAGGGUUUUGGGUGACGCUAGAUGUCCUCAAGCAUAGCGUGAAGAUGUCCAGCAUCAGUUAAGCGACCAAAAGUCAACUAACGACACGGAAGUCCCUCUAGUGGCUAUCCGGUAGACAGCCACUAGAGGUGGAGUUAACCCUAGCAGGUAAUUAUUGCAGUUUAUUAAAACCUGCAGUAUCUACCUUUGCAGGGUUAAGGGACCUGGGACACUUCACUCAGACCACUUCAAUGAGCUGAAGUGGUCUGGGUGCCUGCAGUGUCUCUUUAAGUUAAUGUGUAUAUAUAUAUAUAUUUUUUUUUUUUUAGGGGUUUAAUAAGCCUGAGAUUUAAAUCCACAGUUUAAGAUGAAUCUGUAAUUUUAAUAAUUGAAAGCGUUUUCAAUGUUUGGAUAAACAAAGUGUGAUUUUUUUUUUUUAAAGUUUCUUAUGUUGUGAUCAUGAGUAAAUAAUUACGGUUGAGUGUUUUGUUCCUGUUUAGUGCCUUAUUUUACUUUGCCAAGAUACGCAGAGCAUGUCCUCAUGUGCACUUGCAUCUAUCCCACGUGUCUACUGUGGUAAAACAGAAUUUGAAAAUGUCUUUUCAAAUCUUAUUUUGCCAAGAAGCUGUUAUUUAAUUUUUAUUUUUUUUAAUUAAAUGACAUGGCUUUAUAAAUUCACAUAUAACGCUGUUUAAAUAAAAAAAUGUAAACUUGCUUUAAUAUUGGCAGUUAAAAUAUUUUUAAACUAGAGUCCUUAAAUUAUGCCAUGCAUAUGGAAUAAAAUACUUUAAUAAUAUGGUUAUUUAUUGAUACAUUUAAUGUUCCAGUUGUUUAUUGUACAGCAUUGCUAUUUUUCUGUGCCCCAUGUUUUUUUGACAUUUCAAAUUUAAACAUAUCAAUAAACAUGACUUCUCAAAGCUUUAUUUUAUAUAAACUUUCAAUCAUAAAUUUGUAAAGACAAACUUUAUAAUGUUAAUCCUACACUGCAUUCAUUUCAAUCUAAGGGGAAAAAAACAAAACCCCAUUUAAAAUUGUAGCAGCCAGUAUAACACUUAUCUUCCUUCAAUUGUCUUUACAGACUUCUCAGAGCUUAUCAGGAAGCAAUUCUAUUACACUUGAUUUUACCUGCUUGUCUGUAGGAGAAUUAGUGCCAUCACAACCUCUAAUGCCCAUAACCUCCUCACAAGAAGAUCCACAGGAGCUUAAUCAGGAACAUUUUCAGAAACUAAAUGAUGAGAUCAGUGUUACCAAGGCCAACUUCACGAACGUGGUAUAAACCAUCUUCCAAAUUUCUCUCUUCUUUUAUCUCCCUGCUUAUAUCUUUGGAAUCCCUCCUCAUUUUUUUCCAUUAUUUACACGCAUUAGACCUUUCUCGAUUUCAUUUAAAAUCCCCGAUGUCUGUUGCUUUCUGUGCAACAUCAUCUAGGUCAUAGAUCAGAACAUCAAGUCCUACGCUAAUUGCCAGGUCUAAAUGUUACUUGCCACUACAAUCCUGGAGGGUCCAAGGUACUAUCGGCAUUGGUGAAUUUGUACCUGCCAGGACUGAAUUUUCACUCCCCAAUAGCUAGUGGGCGAGUGGAAAUUUUGAGCACUUGAUAGUUAACAAGAAAUGUUUAUAAUGAAUAUCUGUUCUAAUGUCCAAGACCCUGCCUUGGUUAAAUGCUCAAAACCUUUUGUUUGCAGGCUAUUCUUCAUUACUGAUGACCAGUGUGUACAGAGAAGCAAGAUCAGACUGAUAGUUCAUUAUGUAGCACGUGGCAAAAUCCAGAGGUUAAUGAGUUAAUGCCAAUAGCAUAUUACUAAGCACUUGUUCCUUGACUUAAAAAUAGUUUUAAUCUUGUUUCUGAAUAAACUGUACAUUUGGCAUUGUCUGUCACAAUUUUGCUGUACAACACGUAUGUAAAGGUGCCUGUGCAUUAGCAUAGACUGGAAUCGUCAAAUAUUAUCACUGUGAGAAUUCAAACUCGGAUAAUUAAAACACACCUGAUUCAGCAAAGCCUUAGAGAAAAGAGAGUAUAAUUAUUUUUCCGCUCGUCGCAAGAGUAUAAAUGAUAGCUAACCACUAUUGGGCUUGCUUUGUAAAUAAACAUAAAUACAUGAUUUUAUUUAAUUCCAUCUGAUUUUUUUUUUAAAACUUUUUGUUAUCUACAUUUCUUCUUCCCACAGUCUUGUGUUGAAUACUAUGCGAAGAUGCUUCUUAAGCACGUUCCAAUUAUGUUGUAAUAUUAGUAAUUCUAACUACUUAUUUUUUUAGGAAAAUGCAUCUCGUUGUCAGCCCGAAACAAAGAAAAAACUGUGUGUCUGCCAGCAUCACCUUAUGACUGCCCUUAGUAGCACAAGGCCAUCUAUUAGUCAAGAAGAGUGGAGAGUUUUCAAUGAUCUGUAAGCACAUGAUUCAUAUUACAAAGUAUUUGUGUGGAUUUUUAUAAAAUUGUUUUCUUUGCAUUGCUCACGUUUAAGUUGAUCAUGAUCCUACUUUUUCUAUUAUAAUGAAUGAAAUCAUGGCUUAAAGGACAGCUGAAGUGGUCUGGGUGCCAGGUCCAGCUAGGUUUAACCCUUUUUGCUGUAAACAUAGCAGUUUCAGAAAAACUACUAUGUUUACAAAUGUGUUAAUCCAGCCUCUAGCAGCUGUCUCAUUGACAGCCGCUAGAGGCGAGAAGACGCCAGCAUCCAUAGGAAAGCAUUGAGAAUGCUUUCCUAUGGACUGGCUGAAUGCGCGUGCGGCUCUUGCCGCGCAUGCGCAUUCAGCCGGUGACGGAAGAAGAGUUAGGAGAGUCCCCAGCGCCGAGGGAUCCUGGCGCUGGAAAAAAGGUAAGGGAUUAACCCCUUCCUCCCCCCCUCAGCGCCACGGGAGUUGGACCAUGAGAGUGGGGGCACCCACAGGGCACUAUAGUGGCAGGAAAACGAAUAUGUUUUCCUGGCACUAUAGUGGUCCUUUAAAGUAAUUUUAAAAAAAAGUUCCAGCUGUCUAAAAAAAAAAUAGCAAAGUUUUUUAUUUAAAUUCACAAAAAGGUGUAAUUUUGGGUGACGUGCUCACAUAAAGUUCUUUCUGAACACAGAAUCCAGCUUCUGGUGUGGGACAUAGCAAUACAGUCACAUAAAUGCUUAGAGGAAUUUACUAGAUAAGGAUUCCUGAAAAGCGAACGUGCAUGUUUAAAUAUGACAUAGUGAUGUUAAAACGCAUAUUCGAUAACAUUUUCUGUUAUCAAGCUGGUCUGGGCCUACUGUGGCUCCCACGCCGAUCGGACCAAGUUUUUCCCUGCUCCAACAACUCCCAUCCUGCUGUUCCAGCCACAUGCGGUCAGAGACUCCCACGCCGAUUGGUCCAAGUUCUCCCUGCUCCAACAACUCCCAUCACGCUGUUCCAGCCACAUGCGGUCAAAGACUCCCAAGCCGAUUGGACCAAGUUCUCCCUGCUCCAAUAACUCCCAUCACGCUGUUCCAGCCACAUGCGGUCAAAGACUCCCACGCCGAUUGGACCAAGUUCUCCCUGCUCCAACAACUCCCAUCACGCUUUUCCAGCCACACGCAGUCAGAGACUACUCACCUCCUCUCCAGAACUGCCCGUUCGUUCCCGCCGGCUCUAUGAGACCCCUUACCGGCUUCCCGGGCCUUUUCCUGGACCAAACCUCCGUGUCCACCAAGUCUGGGUACUUUCCAGCCGCAUAGCUGACCUCUCACCUCACCGCAAGCUUCCGGGUCAAGUCGUUUGUUUCCUGUAACAGUCAAAUCCACGAACCGUGAGUCUGCCUGUACGGGCCAAAUCCAAUUGUUCACAUGUUUACGUUCUUACAUACCGUCCAUUCUGGACUUUUUCCCGUUCAGGACUUGUCAAUUCACCUACUCCUGCCUGCUGUUCCAUUCCUAUUCGCUAGUUUCUUUUCGUCAAAUUUCUACCGAACUAGUCUCCAGUCCAUCUCGGUUACAUGCUUCCAUCUAGCGGCCACCACAAUCAUAGUACCAAUUCGUUAGUUUUACACUGUUCCCUGAUACAUGAAUGUCCAGGUUCUUUUUUGAAAGUCUUUAGUCUGCUACUAGUUAUCCUUACAUGCCCCCUGUAGUUCAGUUAUGUUUGCUAUGUUUCUUGUUAUUAUUUACGAUUGUGCACGGAUAUUGUCAGUUUCCCAUUACUAAUUCAGCUCUGGUAAGCGUUUAAUAUUCACUACAUAUAUUUCAUUACCAUCAUAUAUCGCAAAUGUCUUAUUUUAUCACUCAUGGACUUGGUACUGUUCUGAGGCAGUCAUCACGUUCACAUUUGUUACCAUGUGUUAUGGCCAAUCUGUGUACUUGCUCCCAUGAUAGGUAUAUUACUUAUUUGGCGGACGACCACCUAUUCGCUAAACUCUUUUGUAACACGGCACACUCCUACGUUCAGUAUAUGUAUCGUCAUGUUCCCUGGGACAAACCCUAGUGUACCAGGCUUUACCAUACCAUCAUAUGUUCACCCUGACUCUACGUCAAAAUAAUCACGUAUUAUGCAAAAGGUUAUUUACUCAUCGCUGCUAUAUUCUACUCAAGCAAGUUCUUCAUCCUAACCGACCCUUGCUAUUCAGGCAUAGUAUCACCAAACCUACAGCAACUCCACUCUAACUGUUCUAUGUUACAUCAGCCAACGCUGGCACACAAUUCCUCCGCCAGGCCGUACACAGGCCCAUGCCUGGAGAUCCUUAAUUCCCCGCACACACCCCCUUCCCAUGCUGGCACGACCAUAAUUAAAUAUUCUAAGUCCUACCGGGAUUGCUCAAAACUGCCCUCAUAGCUUGGUAUUCCAUAUCCCCCUAUGUGUAUUUUAGCUACAGAAGUCACAGGACCAAUUAGCGGUCACUCAUGACUCUGCCUAUCCCCCAUUAUUGUCGCAGUAUUGGUUAAACACUCCCUAUGGUCUCUGGUAGUGGCCUAGGAUCCUCACCCUACUCACUUAUAGGGAUAUUUUAUUUAUGUCCUAUGAAUCUUGUACCCACCAUCGUAGGGUCAGGAUUCUAACAACUAUGUCCUCAGGUUACCUAUUCAUAGACCAGCCUCAAGAACAACCACCCUGAUUAUACAGGCGUAUUUUGUUCACAGUAAGUCAAGCCCAAUUCCAGUUCCAACUUGCCUCCCACCAUCAUUUCCCUUUAGGUUCUCCAAUAUCUCAUUCCUCUGGCAAGAAAACCACAUUCUACUCCAAGCAAGGUAUGUUUACCCACCUUGCUACUACCCAUCACCCGUCCCAUUCACGGAUCCGGUAUGUCAACUGGCGGCCUGGUUCCCAGCUAUGCCAGUAACUAGCCUCAUCAUUAUCAAUUCCGUGAGUCCAACACCCAUCUUCAUCCGCAUAUGGAGGUAUACACCCCUCGGCCCAACACAUAGCUAACGCCUCACAUCAACCUAUCCAGGUUACGAGUUAGGGCCUCACCCAGCAUGGCCUCUUAUAUUGACUCUUUUUACAGUCCCUGAGAGGCCAACAUUCUUGCCACACCUUUCAAUGGCCCCUGCCCACAAGGCCAAAUCACAUGAAGUCAAACAGUUGAUAUCCACUCUACUUGCCUCCUUACAUAACAUCAACGAUGGACUACAGAGACUGGAAUCUCCACAGGCACUGACGCACAUCCCAGCCAUAGGACUCCCAAAUCCCUCUCAUGGCUAUGUUAUCCUUUCAAAUCCCGCCCCUAGCACAUCGGUUUACAUUAUUACUCCCUCAUACUUUGUGUCCCUGACCAUACACAAAGACAUCUGGAAAGGUUAAUUUUAGUCUCCUUACUGAUUGCCUCCCACGAUGUCUUAGAGUACAAGUCUUACUACUACGAUGAUCUGUACGUCGUUCUUUACACCAGAAUCCCAGACUCAAUCAGAAACUCACUAUCCCAGAAUUCAUCUUAGCCCUCAGACUUUCGUGACGUAAGUGGCUCUACUUCUCGCCAUAGAGAAGGUUUGCAUCGACAACCUGGAGUUUUACCUCUAAGCACACCCUUUCCGUCACUCAGUCGACUUCUACAUCAAGGUUUCCACACACCAGUUCCACACAGGUCUGGUCACACUCCUGUCCGGUAUUCACGAGUGUCAGAACCUUCAGUCUGCAUUAAUAGGCCCCGCAACACAAUCACGUUGAUUAAGAAGGUAUUUGACAACCAUAUUAAUUACCCACCCCUAGCCUCAACUCAUUGAUUUCCUCUAAGGAAUUCUCCCAGCACUAUGCCAAAGCGGUUGACCGGAGCUUGGGUGGGCAAGACAGACAUUUCCUAUGCCUCCAAGCUUCUACCUAUUCAGCCAUCCCGAGGGCAUGUUCAUUGCAUUUUAUGGAGGGAUUGUCAUGACUUUCCCAAACUUGUAACUUGACUAACACUCAAUAUUAGCGAAUGUCCUGCAGUCACCCAUUAUCUUAGAUAACUUCCUCGCGAAAGAAUGCCCUCACUCCGCUCUGGUUAGUAUUCACAAGACGAUGGCACUCUUCCUCACUAUGGGUUCCACUUUCACAAACUGAGCUUCUUAGGCAUUCAUCUUGACACUAAUACGCUACAGAACAUGUCCACCUACAGAGAAGGUACAGCGCAUCGGAGUCCUGGGAACCUUUCCUUCUGAAGAAAACGCGGGGGGUGAAAGGGGAAGAAUGGAUCUACAGUCCUACUGGGCACAUUGAAGUUUGCCAUGAGAAUUAUUCUGCACAUUUAUUUCCCGACCGCUGAGUCUUCUUCCCACCGACAGUUGCAUUCUGGCACUAGUUGUAAGCAGACCUACACAUAUGGCUCAGGUUCAUACCACACUGGAAUAGGAGGCCAGGUUAUUCCCGCCAUUUCUCAUAAUUUCCCAGUUACAUGGACCAAUGUGUCCGCACACACUGAUUUCACAGCCAAUUUUGGUUCCUGAGAUGCCUGGCCAGUUGAGACUCUUGGGGAAAAAAAACCUUUCCAUUCCUCGUCAACAUUUCUUUAGAAUCUAUCCUAUAGUGACCGGCUACAAGGCCUGGGGAGGUAUGAGUGGAUAGAGGAACCUGUCAAGUGCUUCUCUGACAAUAAAGCAGCUGGCUAUUCCCACAUUCCAUAGCUUAAUCCUGCACUACCUUACUUCAUGGCAUUUGGCAGAUUUCUGGAUUGAGCUGCCCUCUCUGAUUAUACAUCACGAGCAUACAAUAGAGAUUUCACCUUUACAACAAGUUUACCACCAAUUACCAUAAUACCGAUAUUCGUUCACUAGUCGCCAUUGCAACACUCCUUUCCUUUUUGCCCACACAAUUUUAAAAAAUCUCUCUUAACACUACGAAACUUACCUGGCUGGAUUACACCACCAUAUCUUAAGUGCCUAUCCUAGUACCAAACAGUUCACAUCCUCUUACAAUAUGUAAUACUUAGGGACAUAAGGACUAUCCUACGGACAAUAAGGUGCCGGUCAAAAUGUCAGACCUUUACAGGUUAUCACUCACUGGACCAAAUCUCAAUAUGCCCCUAUUUAAAUGCAGGGCAAACCACUCACUACAGCUAAAUUUAUAAUGUACCUCAGAACCCUCUUAAAGGGACACUAUAGUCACCUGAACAACUUUAGCUUAAUGAAGCAGUUUUGGUGUAUAGAACAUGCCCCUGCAGCCUCACUGCUCAAUCCUCUGCCAUUUAGGAGUUAAAUCCCUUUGUUUAUGAACCCUAGUCACACCUCCCUGCAUGUGACUUGCACAGCCUUCCAUAAACACUUCCUGUAAAGAGAGCCCUAUUUAGGCUUUCUUUAUUGCAAGUUCUGUUUAAUUAAGAUAUUCUUAUCCCCUGCUAUGUUAAUAGCUUGCUAGACCCUGCAAGAGCCUCCUGUAUGUGAUUAAAGUUCAAUUUAGAGAUUGAGAUACAAUUAUUUAAGGUAAAUUACAUCUGUUUGAAAGUGAAACCAGUUUUUUUUUCAUGCAGGCUCUGUCAAUCAUAGCCAGGGGAGGUGUGGCUAGGGCUGCAUAAACAGAAACAAAGUGAUUUAACUCCUAAAUGACAGUGAAUUGAGCAGUGAAAUUGCAGGGGAAUGAUCUAUACACUAAAACUGCUUUAUUUAGCUAAAGUAAUUUAGGUGACUAUAGUGUUCCUUUAACUAGGCUGGGACUCAACCCCAUUGCCUUUUCGGGACAUUCCUACAGAAUCAGGGCAGCAUCAGCUGCUUCCAGACAAAUGUCUCUGCUCACACCAUAAACAUUAGGACGCUGGAAAUCCACAGUAUAUUACUAGAUACAUACCACAACCAGAGUUAGAGUUGAGUAGGACAAGCCUUUACGAAUCUUGCAACAUAAAGAUGUGUAAUAAGGUAUCUUAUUCAACUUUUUGCCCUCUUUUAUUACAGGUCUACCCGAUACGUCGGUUUCGGGACACACCACAACCGACUUGCUUACAUAUCUAACUUAUGUAUAGAGCUUUUGUCCCCGACUAGAAAUUGGAAGGCGUAGCCUGAAGUUGUGGGAGGGGUUACUCGGCUAUUUAAACUUAGGCCCCCUACACCACAGGGCUGAUGCUGCCUGGUUCAUCCCUCCCACCUAUCCCCUUAUACAUAUUACUAUUACAGGUGGGCCCUCUUUUAUUACAGGCCUACCCGAUAUGUUGAUUUCGGCACACCACAACCGACUUGCUUAUAUGUCUAACUUAUCAUGUAUACGGCUUUUGUCCCGACUACAAAUAUAUAUUUUCUAUUUUAAACAUUUCUGUAAAAGGUCCAAAUAGCUGCUAGGAAAAGGUUUUCAUGACACAGAGAAAGUAUAUUUUGUGUAGGGACCGUAUACUCUUUUGUUACAGAUCACUAUUGGAUGGUGAUUAAAGUGUACCUGUCAUGGUAUACAAAACGUUCUUGACAAAUGGUAGAGAGUAACAUUUUAUUUGCAUGUCGUGCUUUUAGAAUUGCAUUAAAGUUUAUCGAUUUUUCAUCAAAUGGAAAAAAGAUCCUUCUCGUUAAUUUCAAUCUACUCUCUGCAUUGAGGUCUGUAACAACAUUUUGUAUUGUUGUUAUGCCUUAAAUUAAGGCGAGCCAACUCCAAUUCCUGAAUUCCUAUCAAUCAGUUUUUUUGGUUUUUUAUAGAGAACGGUCUACUUUAUACAUCUUAUAUUUUUCUUUUAUAUCCAGGUAUGACAGUUUUAAAAAUCCGAAGAGAAUCCAUGGUGAAGCCCCGAGGAGAAGCCAAAAAGUAACGCUGGCAUAACUCUGUAAUUGUGUUUAUGCUGUGCUUACAGUUUGUAAUUACUGACAAUUGACCGAAAAUGUAAAAUGGAUUAGAUGUUUAUUUUUUAAUCCUGAUCUUUAUACAGAGAUAAAUAUAAAUAAUCUGUGAAAUGCAUGAAUUUGUUUGUUUACACAAUAAGCAACAUGGACCACAGUCUUGUAGAGAAUCGUGGGAGUUGUAGGCCAACAUCAUUCAGGGAAGACACACACUGGGUACAAGUUUUAUAUGAAAAUCAUGUAAAAUAUUUGUUCCCUGUAUCAAAUAUUGUAAGCUUUGUUUUAAGAUCAGCCUAGUUCUUUACAGAUUGCUUUGGUUUGAAGUAUAAUUUUCACAGUUCUAAGAAUUUUAAUUUUUAUUUCUUUUAUCAGUUUGUGCUAAGCCAUAGAAUUCAUAGUUUUUAAAAAGGCAUUUCUUCGGACUGUACGUCCCUAGGACAUUAUUUAAUUCAUUGCAAGAUCAUUAUCAUUAAAGUAGUUUUCAUUUUGUCAUUUGAAUCAGUGAUCCACUUUUCUGUAACCAUAAAAAAAAUCCGGUACCAGAAAAAAAUAAAUCUUGGGACCUGUACACCAGGUUAGACACUCCAAUAGUGUCUAAAGGGCUUAAACCUGUAGAAAAUACCAAUUAUACAAAAAAAACCUCACUGAAUCUACAAAUUGUGGAUGAGUGUGACCUGGAAAAAUAUAUAUAUAUAUAUAGUAUAUCUUGUAGUAGACCAAGUCACAAUCGACUUUAAAUGCACCGUAAUACCAAAAGUGGUCCCA